AAAUCCGGGAUAUGUUCUGGCCGAAAGCAAAGAUUGUGUACAAGGUCGAGCUCAACAACAAGGAGAACUUGGAUUAUUUCAUAGACAUGUGCAGGAAUACGCAGGUACCCGACUUAAUCGUUGUGACGGCGCACGACUACUUGCCGGGGCCUGACGUGGAAAAGCAAGUGCUGCUACCCCCGAACAUCUACAACCGGCCGGUCGAUUACUGGUACCAGGCGAACUACGGACACACUAUGGCUGAAGCCAUGGCGGAAGCCCUAAUUGUGAUCAACUCCGGCGUGGGUAGACCGAUUACCUUGGUGCUCUCGAUGGCGGGGACAAAGGCAAAGAUGCAAUAUCCGGACAUCCGAAACCCAAAAGCCGGCCGCUACGCCAUCUACCAACCGGCCGUUAACGUGCCCGGCUCUUGGUUUGAUCACUUCACGAACCCAAAAGCGAUGUGCUCUGCAGAAGGAUACGAGGCAUACAGAGCAAACUUGCAGUACCAAGAGAAUGCCCUGACGUGGCUGACGUUCAACAAGUCUCAAAACGUGGAGAUGUCGAUGGCCUUUGACACAUCCGAGACGUUGCGCUACAAGAUUUGCAACGUUUUCGUGAAUCACACCUACGAUGUCCUAACCCAGUUGAUCGAUUUCGGCGUCAGCGAGUUGGCAUGGGACAGGGAGUCGUGUGACUUGCCCAACUGGAAGAGCCCGCCGUACGAGCGGGUCAGAAUGGUGCGCGCCGUUUCCAAGUUUCUGACCGAUGAAUACUGGGACCCGACAGACCUCUAUUUCUGCAUGAAGGUGAAGCUGUAGACUUGGGGCCUCUGGUGCAACGACGAUGCCGCCCUUGCAGGAGUGGUUGCAUUGGCUUUACACAGGCGGAACUUGAAUUUCGAAUUGAAAAAAAAAAGUGCACGAAAAUGGUUUGUAAAUGUACUGUCUCAGCAUUUGAAAAAAAAAGAGAACUUGCCUGGCAUGGUUCGUUGAAUUCCUGACAAAUAUAUAUACGAUAGAUAUGCGCGUCUUCCGUCGACAAAAAAAAAAAUAGUAAUAGUACAGAGGGAGUGUCUAGGUGAUGUACCGUAAAGUCAGCCAAAUUUUAGUAGGCACUAUGCGGCUUUUUGUUCAGUGUUUUUGACCAUUGUAUAAGUUGUUGCAAUUGAAACAACUCGCUCGAUAGCCGAAUAAACAACACAACAACAAUAAUAACAAAAACUUCGAAUAGCGUUUCACUUUGUCAACGUGGGUGACGCGCAAGCGCAUGGUUGCUAUAGCGCGCACGACGCUAUCGGCCCUCGGCGCGCCUAGACGCAUACACUGUCCGCAUCACAGAUCGUAUUCAAUAAAGCGCUCGCGCGUC